UAAGGUCAAUUUUUGCCUGCACUACGAUCGUUCUUUUAGAAUUUUGAAGCAGAGAGCACGGUUCUUAUAUCUUUUUAUUUUUAUAAUAUUUUAUUUGGAUGGAAUCAAAGUGAUUAAAUUAUUUAAAUAAAAUUAAAAUUGAUAAUUAUGAAAUUAAAAUUGAUUUUUCUUAAAUUAGUUGCCCUAAACCUAAACCUACCUAGACAGUCCACAGGCUCCAACUCUGUCUCCCCCAAUCCCAAUCCCCAUUUUCGUCUUCUCAAUUCCAUCUUCUUCUUCCUCCUCCUUCGCCCCGUCGCUGCUGCUGCCAUUGUUUUCCCACUCACAGCCAGCGAUUCAAACCGACGAGUCGCCGGUCUGGACCGGCGGUUCGAACCCGCCUGAGCAAGUCUAGAAAAAGUCCGUCUCCGUCCCCAAACACCCAACAAAUCUGCUUUCUGGUACGCAGGCGGCGGCCAUGGACGCUGUCGCUUCCUUGCUCACCUCCAAGCUCUCCCCGCCUCUCUAUUCACCAAAGCAGUCCAUCUCAUCGUUCAGGCAUUUCCACGAACAGGUUAACUGCAGAAACUCUUGUUCCAAUAACAACAAAAUUAGGGUUACCGCUGCUGUUUCUCUCAAUUACCCCCUUUCAGUCGUCCCUGAAUUUCGGUCCGCUUCAAUCUUCUCCCACAAUAACAACAGGAUUUCACCUUCCCUGAAAUGCCGUUAUUCGAGUUCGAUGACUCCGAAUCCAAUUUCAGGUUUGUUCAAUCGCCGUUCCCUGGAGUCUCUGAAACACAAAAUUUCUCAGCUAACUCCAAUCGACGUCUGCAAAUGGUGUUUGCUGUUCUCCGCCAUAACCGCCGCACUCAAAUGGAGUACAAGCGUGUUCUUUAAUCCAUUCGUCUGGAUGUACUUCAGCAUGACGUGGUUGUUCUGGCCAUGGAUGGCGGCGCUCGCCCUAGCAGGCUUCGGCAUUUACAGCCUCAACAAGCAUUUGAGGGGAGAAUCCACCGUCUUCCACCAGCUCGCCGUCGUCACAUCCGCCAUAACCUGGCUCACCUUAGUUCCUCCGGCGCAUUUUAAUGGCUUCCUCGAAGGAUGGCCCUUCGUAUUCUUUGCAGUCUACCAUUACUUCUUCUUCCUCAACGUCAGUGUCAGGAAGCGUUUGUAUGGCGAUUUAGAGCCUCGGGAGCACGACGGAAAGUGGGAUAUUAGCCUCCCUGGUUUCGAAAAGCUUCUGUUUUGCGCCGGAGUUAUGGUCGGCCAUUGCCUGGCGGCGUUCGAGGGGCCGGAGCUGCACCUUAUACAGGGAGGGUGGAUUAAUGUGGCUAUAUGGUUGUUGAUUGGAUUAACUAUUUUUAUGCAGUAUCAUUCAACGUUGUACUUGGCGAAUUAUUCGGAGAAAGUGGUUGUUCCGACUGCUGUUGUUCAAUUUGGGCCUUACAGAUUCGUUCGCCAUCCGAUUUAUGCUUCUACGAUGCUCCUGUUUGUGACAUACUUUGCUGCCCUCAGAGCACCCUUGAGUGUGCUGUUUAUUGUUGCUGUUUGUUUGCUGUAUUAUGGUCGGAAAGCGAAGUUGGAGGAGGCCGCGAUGCAGGAGACUUUUGGCGAGAGGUAUAGUGAGUACGCCGAGAAGGUGCCGUACAAGUUAAUCCCUUUUGUUUACUAGUUUAAAAAAUUGCUAGAUUAUCUAUGUCUAGAUCGUUCUUUUGUUUGAUGGCUUCUUGAUAAUUUUGGUCGAUAGUUGAGUCUUGGUUGGAAUAUGCAUUGUGAUCGUUCUUGGCUUUUUGAGUCUGAGUGUGAUUUGCUCUAUGUUAUGAAGUGAUUUUCAUUAUUAGAAGAUGGAGCUUCGACAUUAAA